AUGGCUCGAAGUAAGCAUCGAUCAGACGAAAGCUAUCGGUCGAUCGCUGGUGUAUUGAAGAAGUUCCUUAAGAGCGGGACCUUCAGUGCAGAGUCUCCAGUCAAACCAGUCACGGACAUUCCACAAAAAGCAACAAGGACAGCGACACAGAAAGCAGCAAGUCCUUGCUCUAAAGACAUGAUUUAUGCCCUCCCGUUGCGGAAUCGGCGCUUUGUUGGUCGCACUGAAAAGCUGAAAGAGCUGGAAGGAAGGCUCUUCAACAACGGCGGCUACCAAAAACUCGCUUUAUUCGGGCUUGGCGGAGUGGGGAAAUCGCAAGUGGCGCUCGAGUUUGCGUAUAGAGUCACAGAGAGUCGGCCUGACUACUCGAUUUUCUGGGUGCCAGCCGUGAGCCGCGAGAGUUUUGAGCAAGCCUAUGAAGAUAUUACGACUCGGUGCUCGAUAAGACGAUUUCCAACUUUUCUGCCAUUGCUGGGAUAUUCCAAGAAGCUCUUUCAAAAUCACCUCAGCACCGCCUCAGCUUGUAAAUGGCUUCUAAUUGUCGACAACGCAGACGAUGGAGACAUUGUAUUUGGCAAAAAAGGCGAGUCUAAUGGUGUGAUAGACUACCUACCUAAAAGUGAGAAUGGGCUCACUCUGUUCACUACUCGUAAUAGGGGAAUGGCGGUUGAUUUGGCCGGCAGUGAUAUCGUCGAAAUACACGAGAUGGGCCCUGUUGAAGCAGAAACGUUCUUGAGACAAUCUUUGGUGCAGAAAGAAUCGCUACAGGAUCAAAGAAUUGUAUCUGAACUCCUGGAGGAGCUCACAUUUUUACCUCUGGCGAUUGCACAAGCAGCAGCAUAUAUCAAUACGAUGCAGAUCACCAUUGCUGGAUACUUACAUCUCUUUCAGACUUCCGAGCAGGAUGCAGUCAGCCUUUUGAGCUACGAAUUCCAUGACGAAACACGCUACAAAGAUUCGCAGAAUGCCGUUGCCAGCAUCUUUGAUGACUCAUUUAAUCGCAUUAUGAAGACUGAUUGUAUUGCAGAAAGGAUAUUAACGAUCAUGUCAUGUCUUGAUCACAAACGGAUACCUCGAUUCAUGCUAUCGGCUUCUAAAGCGAUACCUCAGCAUAUGCAGCCAGCUCCGAGACCCGAGGCGCAAAUGACUCGCGCCAUAGGUUUGCUCCGUGCAUGCGGUUUUAUGACUCAACCGAAUGACAACGAGACUUACGACAUGCACCGAAUUGUUCACCUAGCAAAUAAGGUAUGGGUGAAUCAGAAGGGUGUUACUAAAAAUGGCAAGAUACUGGUGGCCCGGCUCCUCUUGGAUCUUAUCCCAAGAUACAAUGACAGCAUUGACGACACAUUCCCUCGUUACGAUUACAAUGAUGACGCUUUUUGGAGAGAGUAUAUUCCUCAAGCUUUGCAUUUCCUCGAAGGCACCAAAUCUCUGGAGAUUGACCCCUGGGACAAUUCCGUUGGAAAUACCAAACCUUCGGACGCUCGCAUUUUGGAUGAGAUAUCUUUGGCGGUCGGCAACUAUCUGCUGUUAAAUUGUCGGUUCGAAGAAGCCGCCAAUAUGCUGAAUGAAUCGUACUUCCGGCAAGAUGUGUUGCUUCCCAAACGAUCUCACUUGCGACUUGAACAAGCAGAACGUUACAUAAAAAACGGGCAGAUUGCUGCGGCAAUCGAGAUUCUAUUCCAUUUACGUGUAAUGCAGAAAAUAAAUUUGCCAAAGGAUGAGCCGUACCUGUUGAUGCUGCAGCACGAGCUUGCAAUGGUGUAUGCGCGAGAUGGACAGAUGAAGGCGGCAAUUCGGCUUCUUGAACACAUGGUCGCGGUCCAACACGAAGAUGACUCUGGGCGACUCAUAUCACAGCACCAGCUUGCUUUAGUAUAUAAAGAAGAUGGACAGUCUGUUAGAGCAUUUGACUUGUUGAAACAUGUCAUUACAGUGAAGACGAUAUUGAAGGAACGUUACCACCGUCGGCUAGCUUCAGAUCACGACAUUGCUCGAUCAUAUUUCGCAAAAAUCGAGAUGAAACAGAAAAUCCAUUUUCUUGAAGAUAUCAUUUCAAUAAAGACGACAUCAAGGGAAGCAUACAUUGAUCGGCUAGAUGAGGAGGAUAAAAUUGCGAGAUUUUAUUUUUCACGAGUUAAAAGAGAACUGGACCAUGAGCUUCUUCAUCAUAGCCUUGCAAUAGAGGACAUGGUAUCAAUGGGGGUAUACCCUCGUCGGCUACCUCAGGGGAAUAACACUACGUACUCAAUUUACAUAGAUGGUCAUAUGGAUCGGGCAAUAGACCAGUAUAAUUAUGUCGUUGCAACAGACUGGACAGAAGAAGACCUUUUCCAAACGCCUUCCAUACCGCUACGACUCCAAAGUUUCUCUUGA